AUUUCCUACCCCCAUCUACCUGGCUGAGAAAUAUUUGAUUAGGGAUCGGAUUUUUAACUAACCAAUCCAUUCUUUCUCUCCAAACCAAAAUAGAAUCAAAACUCAUUUGAAAAAGAAAAUGAAACCACAUAUAGUUUGUAGUCAAAGGUAACAAAAUGAGGCCACUCAAAUAUUUCACUACUAAAAGCAAAAAGAAUCUUUACUACAACCUCCCACUGCCAGCGCCAAUCUGCAAAACUCCUUCUCAAGCGAAGAAACCAACAUGGCGACGCCAAGAAAAGCGGUUGCAGUUUCAGCCAUGCAAUUUGCCUGUACGGACGAAAUCUCUACUAAUGUUAACACCGCCGAAAGGCUAGUUAGAUCAGCUCAUGCAAAGGGUGCAAACAUAAUACUAAUUCAGGAACUGUUUGAAGGUUACUACUUCUGCCAGGCACAAAGGGAGGAUUUUAUUCAACGAGCUAAGCCUUAUAAAGGCCAUCCUACAAUUCUUAGGAUGCAACAACUUGCAAAAGAGUUAGGUGUGGUAAUUCCUGUUAGUUUCUUUGAGGAAGCUAAUAAUGCCCAUUAUAACUCCAUAGCCAUAAUUGAUGCUGAUGGGUCAGAUCUUGGACUUUACAGAAAGUCCCAUAUCCCGGAUGGACCAGGCUACCAGGAGAAGUUCUACUUUAAUCCUGGUGACACUGGGUUUAAAGUUUUUCAGACAAAGUUUGCGAAAAUUGGAGUUGCAAUUUGCUGGGAUCAGUGGUUUCCCGAGGCAGCAAGAGCAAUGGUUCUUCAAGGUGCGGAGAUAUUGUUUUAUCCAACAGCUAUUGGUUCCGAACCUCAAGAUCAAGGACUUGAUUCUUGCAAUCACUGGAAACGUGUAAUGCAAGGGCAUGCUGGUGCUAAUGUGGUGCCGUUAGUGGCUUCAAACCGCAUUGGAACAGAGAUUAUCGAGACAGAGCAUGGAAAAAGUACGAUCACGUUUUAUGGGAACUCUUUUAUAGCAGGACCAACUGGAGAAAUUGUUGCUGCUGCUAAUGAUAAAGAUGAAGAUGUUUUUGGUAGCAGAGUUUGAUCUGGAUAAAAUAAAGUCCAAGAGACAUGCUUGGGGAGUAUUUCGCGAUCGCCGACCAGAGCUAUACAAGGUGCUUCUGACUUUAGAUGGCAUCAACCCCAUUUUGUAAACUUCGAUCUUAACCCUGUCAGUUCUCUAUUCUAUGAAGUUGUGAAGUCCAAGGCAUAAACAACUUUCUUUCCCUUGUUUAUCUUCUAAAAUCUGCAGAAAGAAGUAUUUAUUAAAUCAAUAAUCUAGCUUUGAAAGUGGAAAUAUAUAUAUAUUUACAAGAUUUCUGUUCCUAAUUUCAUUUAGUUCAUAAUUUUCUUGCUGCUGCAAACACUGGGAGAUUCUUACAGUUCUCAAUUUGCACGCAUAUUUACA